AUUUCUAACACAAAAACCAAAAAACACACAAAAAAAAGAAAAAUGGGGAAGCCCACGUCUCAAAACAAUAGCUUUAUAACCCACUUCAGCCACCCACACCGCCUUCAACUAACCACGGCGACGUCAUCACCACCGUGCUCCGCUUGCAAACUCGCCGGAGGCAACGGCCGUGUUUAUUCAUGUAGACCAUGCAACUUCUUUCUCCAUGAGUCGUGUAGCAAGAUGAAGCAGGUAAUAACACAUCCGUCUCACCCUUCUCACACGCUUAGUCUCCUUGUGGCUCCUAUCUAUGAAGGUGGAUACUUCAACUGUGAUGGUUGUGGCGUCCACGGGACGGGUUUUAGCUACCAAUGCUCUAUCUGCGACUUUGACAUCCACGCGAUUUGUGCUUACAAGCCGCUCUCAAUCAUCCACAAGUCUCAUCCGCAACACAACCUUAAACUUGCGUUUCAAUCCCCUUAUGGAGCCAAUAAAGGUUUCUCUUGCGACAUCUGCCAUAAGAUCGGGAAGAAUCAGUGGCUUUAUCGAUGUAUCCCUUGCGAAUUCGACGCUCAUGUUGGUUGCAUCACUGCUCCUAAUCCUCACCUCCUUCAACAUAGUACUUCUGCACCUAAUCCUCAGACUCAUCAUGCCGGUCACCCUCAGCAUCAAAACUCGCUUCCUAUGCCUAAUCAAGGCAGUAACAGGCCCAGACCCAUGCCUAUGACAAGGCCCAAUAGACCCAUCGGUAAUCCCAAUAGGCCCAUCGGUAAUCCUAAUAGGCCUAUAGCUCAAAACGCGGCUGCCUAUGAACCAAGAGGACAGAACAACAACAACUUGGCUUAUAAUGCUCAGAUUGGGCCUAUUGGACCGAAUGAACUUAUUGGUCAAGGAUCAAUGGAUGGUAGUGGCUACGAUGGUAGUGCAGGGAAUGAAGAAUUUGACGUUGAAGUUGAUGUUGAUGUUGAUAUUGAUGUCGAGGUCGAGGUUGAAUAUGAAGGUGAUGUGAAUCUUGAAGAGGGUAACAACGACGGAGAAGAUGUUGAUGGUAACGGGCUUGAAAUUGUGGCUUGUGGUGAUAAUUUAAGUGUUUCUUAUAGUGAGAGUGAUUUUGGAGGCAGUAGUGAUGCUCGUAGCCAAUGUAAUGAUUUAUCUGAUGCUGAUCUCUAUCCACCAUCUCUGGAUAACACACAAGGACCAGGACCGGUUCGUAUGAACCAAGGCUCGGGUGGUGGGAGGAAAAAAAACACAAACCGGAAUGGUCAGGCCGAUCGGUCUAAGAAUAUGGUUGGUAAUGGGCCACGUGGUGGGGUUCAAGGAUCCAAGAGUCCAAUACAAAGCCCUAGGGGACCUCAAACUAGAAGAGUGCAAAAUGUUCGUAACAAUGCAACAAGAGCUCGUGGUGGGGCUGUAAGUCCAAUACAAAGCCCUAGAGGAACUCAAACUAGAAGUGUGCAAAAUGUUCGUAACAAUGCAACAAGAGCUCGUGGUGGGGCUGUGAGUGUAAGAGUUAAUAGACCUCGUGACACAUCUGCAUUUAUUGCACCUCAAGGAUUUAAUGGGCCUAGUGGUGGACCGUCCAAUGCAGUAGAUAAUGGUGGCAACAAUGAUAACUACAACGAAGUUUAUGGCACUGAUGUAUAUGUUGGCACUGAUGUAUAUGUUGGUGAAGAUAAUGUUGGCUACGAGGAGAGUUAUGGUGAUAAUUAUGCUGGUGGUGAUGGUGAUGGUGAUUGUGACUUUGAAGUUGAAGUUGACUUCGGCGAUGAUGGCUAUGAUCAAGGUUAUGAUGAGAAUUAUGGUGAAAACGAUUUUGAAAGCUAUAGCGACAUCACUGGAGGAAGUGAGUCUAUGUAUGAUGAGAAUGAAUCUUAUGGGACUAUGGAUGAUGCACAAUAUAGUGGUUUAAAUGAAGAGCCCAAUAACCAGUAUGCACCAAUGGUUGGGCCGGUUGGUGGACCAGGAAUGAAUAACCAGAACCAAUACGGUCUAAAUGGUAGGCAAAGGAAUAUGGGCAUGUAUCGACGAGGUGGUACAAACAUGAACAGGUAUGGAAACGUGAACCAAGGUGCAAAUAGGAUUCAGCCGAGAACUAUGGGUCGACCCGUCCAAUAUAGACCCAAUGGAAGACCUAACAUGGCGAAUGGUGGACCCAAUGGACCUACUGGACUUGGCAACCCAAUGUUGAUGAAUACAAUGGUGCGAGGUUUGUGCCAAGGCUUUGCGAUGAACAUGCUCAUUGGUGGUGGCGGUGAUGCUAAUGGUGGAGUGGGUGACGGUGGUGGAGGAGACAUGUUUGGUGGUGGAGUGGGUGACGGUGGUGGAGGAGACUUGUUUGGUGGUGAUGCAGGAUCACUAUUCUAAAGGAGAUGAAAAUGUAAUUGGA